AUGAUCAAUCCAGCUCUUUUUGGGCUCAUAGCUGUCCCAUCUGUCCUUGCUGCUCCCUCAUACAGUCCUAGUGUCGAAGUGAGAUCAUUGGGGGAUAAAUCGUAUGCUCCCUACAAAGUGGAUUGUCCCGCCGACCUGACAUGGAUCAGAAAUGCUACUGAAGGACUGGCUACCGGUGAGAAGGAUUUCUUGGCCACCCGAGAGAAAGUCACUUCACCCGUUAUAAACACUAUGGCUGCCUCGCAUGGCUUGGCAAAACCUCCCAGAACUCCAGUCAUUGGUGUUGCUUUAGCUGGUGGUGGAUACAGAGCCAUGCUGACUGGACUGGGUGGUAUAUCAGCAAUGAUGAAUGAGUCUUCAGAAGGAGCAGCAAGUGGGAUAGGAGGUUGGCUGGAUGGUGUAGCUUAUUGGGCUGGUUUGAGUGGUGGUAGUUGGGCGACAGGGAGUUUUAUGUCAAACGGAGGUGAAUUACCUAUAAACCUUCUGAACAAUUUAUGGGACCUCGAAUCAAAUCUUAUCUUCCCCGACGAUGACAAAGUCUCUUUUUAUACCGAGUUGGUCACUGAAACGAACGCCAAGAACGAUGCAGGAUUUCCAACUCAACUGACCGACUUAUGGGGUCUCGCUGUCGGUUCUCACGUACUUCCAACUGAAUAUCAAUUAUUCAAUACUCCCAACCUCACCUUCUCUUCGUUACCUUCAGUAGUUUCAAAACUUGGAAAUGGAUCAUUACCUAUGCCAAUUAUCGUAGCCGCAGAAAGAGAAGCUGGGGAAUUAGUAGUCGCGGAAAAUGCUACCGUAUGGGAAUUCACACCAUUCGAAUUUGGAAGUUGGGCUUUUGGAAGUGUAGUCAAGUCAAUUGGAGCUUUCACUUCCAUAGAAUACCUGGGAAGUAAUCUGAAUAAUGGUUCGGCUAAUGGCACUUGUUACAAAGGAUUUGAUCAAUUAUCCUAUGUGAUGGGAACCUCUGCUACAUUAUUUAAUGGCGCUUUGCUCUCACUCAACAAUUCCGACUCGAGUCUCGCCACCAGUCUCAUUCAAGGUUUUUUGGAAGAUCUCGGUGAAGAUCAACAGGACAUUUCAAGAGUGCCAAACUCUUUCGCCAAUUACAACUCUGGUGAGAAUCCUAUUGCCGAACUUGAAUAUAUCACUUUGGUCGACGCAGGAGAAACCAACCAGAAUAUCCCUAUUGAACCUUUGUUGAUUCCUUUCCGAGAGGUCGACGCUAUAAUUGCUUUCGAUUCAUCGUAUGACUCCACGUAUAUCUGGCCAAAUGGAACGGCUCUCAGAACCACUUUCGAGAGAGCUAAAAUUUUGGCUGAGAACACUGGUACUCAAAUUAGAAUGCCUGAAGUUCCAUCCGAAAAUGGUUUCAUAAACGGUGGAUAUAAUUCAAGACCUACUUUCUUUGGUUGUAACGACACUACCACUCCAUUGAUCGUUUAUGUGCCUAAUUACCCUUGGAGUGCAGCUGCGAACACCUCCACCUACCAACUUGAAUACUCCAAAACCCAGGCUCAAGAUGUACUCAAUAAUGGAUUGCGUUCAUUGUCACUCAAUGGAACCGUUGCCACAUGGCCUAAAUGUUUAGCAUGCGCUUUGACAGAUAGAUCAUUCGGAUAUACUUCCUCAAACAGAACAGCAGAUUGUCAAAGUUGUUUCGAUACUUGGUGUUGGGCAGGCGAUGAUAACACCACCACACCAAAUACUUAUGACCCUGUGAUCGGAAGCGUACCUCCAUGGUUAAUUGAAAAGGGUCUUUCGACAGGUGUAGCAGACGCUAAAGGUGUUGAAAACACGACUCAGAAUACCACUUCCUCCCAAAGCAGUGCAUCACCUAGCAUAUCAAUCGCAUGGAAGGGGCUCGGACUCACAGUCAUAGGUCUAUUGGGUGGAGUUAUGGUAUUGUGA